AUGUCACAGGAGACCACAGAGACACCAGCAACACCAGGAGCAGGGUAUGGCCAGACUAAAGCCAAAGCGAGGUUACUUCUAGGCACUGACAGGAAGAGGAGCCGCCUCAACAGGACAAGGCAGGACCUAUGGGACGACACAAGCUGGAGUCAUCACAGACUGAGCAGAGCCACCUCUGCCCCUCGAGGGACCAAAGCUAGGGGAACAGCUCAUGGCAGGAGCGAGGCCAGCCCCGAGAAUGCCGCACGGGAGCGGACCCGGGUGAAGACACUGCGCCAGGCCUUUUUGGCCCUGCAGGCUGCUCUGCCUGCGGUACCGCCAGACACCAAGCUUUCCAAGCUGGAUGUGCUAGUGCUAGCCACAAGCUACAUAGCCCACCUCACCCAAACCCUCGGCCACGAGCUGCCUGGCCCUGCCUGGCCGCCCUUCCUACGUGGACUCAGCUACUUGCACCCUCUCAAGAAGUGGCCCAUGCGAUCUCGUCUUUACGCGGGAGGCUUGGCGUGCUCUGGCCUGGAUUCCCCCACAGCCAGCGCUACCGGCCCCAAAUCCAGGAACAUGGAGGCGGGGUCCCAGGUCUCUGCAGCAGAUAUUUUCCUUGCCGCUCCAGUCUCUCCAGCUCUUGGUAACAAAUGACUGACACGCUCAUCCUACUCUCUUAGACUGUGACUCCUGCUGAAGGACCUGGAUUUUCUACCCCUCUCCCUGUCUUCCCCCCUGAUUCUCAGCCUUUGGAUUUGACUCAAGCUCAGCUUUCAAGUUCGGGCUCAGCUUCCGGCAGGCAGAAGCAGCAGUGAUGACGUCAACCGUUCUUCCACAGUAGUGUCAGGAGUGAAAGAGGAAAAAGUGUUUGACAUAGUUCAAAGUCAAGUUAGGGAAUCACCCCACCCCUUUCUCCCCUAGGGCUCUUCACAUAGCAAGAAGACAGAAAUUGCUCUGCCAGUACCGAGUGAGGCUAGGACAGCAGUAGCCCCAGGUGCUCAUGGGUACACCAGGGGGCCUGAAGGGCUUUUGGUAGCAGUAAGUGUGAACACAUCUGGGGUCAGGUCAUAAAGCCAGAGAGGAAACUGAAGAACAGAGUGUGAUUUUUUUUUUUUAAAACUUCUCUACUAGAUGCUUAUCCAAGAGGCAUAGAAGAGUUUAGGGUGCUUCUCCCUGGAUUAUGGUCUCUCGAGGGAGCCCCUCGUUACCACAUUCCCACACAGGACCAGGCACCCUUUUACACUUUCUCAGCAGAUGAAGCUCCCAGACUCAAUGGCUUACCAUCCAGGGAAAUUUAGCUAAUCCCAGCUGUCUAGGGCCAGAUCUUAUCCUGAAGGUAGUUCUACCUUUCCCAGUGAGGCAGCCACUCACAGCCACGCCUACAAAGGAUAUCCAUGCACUCAGCUUCAUCUCCUUAAAGGGCCCAAAAUGCAGCAUGGGUAUCUCUCUCAUGGCAGUGCUCUCUUCCUGUUAUUUUAGAGACCUCACCUCAAGGAAAUACAAGACAAGGCAGGCUUUGGCCUGUUUCCUGUGCCACCAGCAAUCAGGGCUUCAUUGGUUUUGUUAUAAGCCAUACAUUUCUAAAUAUCAGCUCCCAAGGCUAACUCUCCCCACAGGCAUUGACAUUUUUCUAGAGCUUUUGUGGUGCUUGUUCUUGACCUUGAAGAAAGAACUAGAGGACAGAGCACGCAAUAAGAUGAGCUUUCCAUGUCAGGUAUGGUUUCAGAUUGGCCCCUGAGGUCUAAACAUGGAAGGAACCACCUUCCUGUCACGUUUUAGCAACUGAGGCCAGUUAGAGUCCUGUCAGGGUGGUCAUGAGUUGAGCAGAGGCUUGGUCAGGCUGGGACAGAUGGGUCUGUUCCUCCAUAGGGCUGACCCCCUAAGGCAUCCAGAGAAAGGGGGUUGAGGGGGUGACUCAGCAAGUUGGGGUGGAGAUUGAAGACACAGAACGUCCCAGCCUGAGCUGCAUGGGCUGUGGGAGAGCAGCUGGGCUGUGGCUGGGAGCCAUAGCAGAAGGCCUCAGCCAAGGCCAAACUCAUAAAUCUGCCCAGUCCCUCAUUUCUGCUAAGGGACCCUGAGAACUUGUAUAGAGCUGAUCCAGGCAGCUGGACGGGGCCAGGCAGGGGCAGCGACCAGGUGUGGGAGGGCAGGAGCAGUAUUCUUCACAAGACCAUAAAAGUCCAGCCUGGGUGUUCUAUUUUUAAAAUAGCAGCACCUCCCUGGUUGAGUUGGAAGGUGGUAAAGAAAGACGUGUGCAUGAUUUCCUCCCAGUCGGUGCCGUUUGAUCUGUCUCUGGGCAACCAGGGCAUUGGCUUUGGGCUGGGAGUCCCCUCGCAGCCUAAAACAUCUUUCAGUGAUUGAAAGGAGUCUGAUCUGGAGCUUGAAAUGCCCACUGUAAGCAGCUAAAAGCACUUGGAGGCAGCAGAAGGAGCUGAAAUCUGCCUCCAGCAAUAGCUGAUGUCCGCCCCGGAACAAGUGUGUGCAGACUAUGCACAAGUCGAGGAGCGCAGAUGGCAAGCGUGGUGAGGGUGCCGUGGUCUCGGGUCAGAGGGAAGGCUGCACCCGGUGUACCCAGUCCAGUCCCUCUCAGGGUGAGGUGCAGGCUGAGCAGCACAGAAGACUUCCCGAUGACUCCCUGCCCCCGGCUGGAUGUGCUGCAGGAGAUGGGGAUCACAGUUUAGACAGAGCAAGGGGAGGGCAGAGCUCGCUGGUCCCACACGGCGAAGGGGUUCACCUUUGCAGACUUUGGAGUUCACCAGCAGGGAAUGAAGGACGACAGAUCUUGACUGUCAACUUCACUGGGUUGAGAGACAACCGGGGGUUUGUAAAGAGUACCUCUGGGUUUGUGUGUGAGGACUUCUGCCUACUGAAUGGCUUAGCCCACGGAUGGGUUCAAAAUAGACUAUUGAUAGGCUGGACGUUGUGACACACUUCUUUGAUCCUAGUGCUCAGGAGGCAGAGGCAGGAGAAUCUCUGAGUUGGAGACCAGCCAGGCCAGCCAGGGAGACACUAUCUCAAAAACAACAUUAGACUAUUGGGUGGCAAUGAAAUUGUGGACAGGCUGGAGGAAGGGGGCUGGGGCUGGGGGUUUGAGGCUAUGAUUGUCUCCAACACUCUCCCUGUUACUGCUGCGCUCCUGCCUCUGUCUGCCAUGAGAAAAAGAGCCUUCCCUCCACGUUCUCGUGAUAUCAUGAUGUUCUAGCCAAACCCAUGAGACCUAGAAGCCACGGACUGCUCCCUCUGAGACUUUUGACCAAAAUAAAUCUUUCCUACUUCA